CGUUUCUUCAACGAUAACAACUAGUGAGUUUUCCACCGACUUCUAUAUCAAGUUUUUUGUUUUACUGACAGUUUAAUCGCGUUACAGUAUGUGGGCUUCGCGGGGAGAUUUGAAAACCCUCACUACCGAACAAAUCAAGAAGUACAUCGAGACGACUGCUAAAGGCGCAAAGAAGGACAAGGCUCUCGUGACUGCAUACAAGAUUGCUCUUGAGCCGCCCGCUUUGGAAGAAUUUGCCAAGGGCUCCGAUGACGAGGCAAGCGAAGACGAGGCCGAAGCAGACGGCAAGGAAGACGAAGACACAAAGAUGGAAGACGCGCCGGAUGGUGAUGAAAAAGAAAAGAAGGGCGCGGCGACCAAGAAGCGAAAAAGCGCACCGAUAAAAGAUGGCGACGCAAACGGGUCGACGAAAAAGCGAAAGUCCUCGAUAACAAAAGGAAAUGGAGAGGCUGCCGCAAAGAACGGCGAGAAGAAGCCGCGAGCGAAGAAAGAGGCUUCUGCGACCAAGAAGAAAGAGGCUGCCACUGCCGCUGCCGUCAAGGAGACUCGCGACGAGCAAACUAAGCACGUGCUGUUUCUAAGACAUAAGUUGCAGAAAGUUUUCAUGACAAAAGAUAAACCCCCACAAGAAGAAGACAUGGAGAGCAUGGACAAGCUCUUUGGCAAACUUGAGAAUUUCCAAGGUCUUGAUCUGGCUAUGAUCCGGAGUACAAAAAUCAACAAGGUGCUGAAAGCCAUCGCCAAGAUGACCUCGAUUCCAUUGGAACCAAAGUAUGAGUUCAAAAGCCGGUCGCAAAAGCUUUUAGAUGCAUGGAAUGCGAAGUUUGAUCUGGGCUCGCCUGCUCCUACUCAGCCUCCGACUGAUGGAAAGUCGGAGCCAAAGCAGGAAGCAAGCGAGGAGAAGAAGGACGCGCCCGAGGAAAAGAAAGAGGCACCUGAGGCUAAAAAAGUAGAGGAGAAGAAAGAAGAGGAAAAAAAGGACGAAGAAAAGAAGGAUGAAAAGAAAGAGGAGGCCGAGAAAUCUGAGCCUAAAGCCACGCCAGCUGCGGUUCCUGAGGUGGCUGCCGAUGCUGCUGCCGAGAAGGAGCCUGUGAAGACAGAGGCUCCUGUCGCCGAAGCUGGUGCUUAGUUGAAAAACUGUCUCCAAUUUUGUUUACUCAAGAGAUAUUGGAUAGAGGCGGGGUAAGAUAUUUGGUACUCUAGUGCCUUUCUAUGUGAUUGUUUAAUGGAACUGUACAACCCUUUUUCGCUUUUAGUUUUAAGUUAUCUAAUAUGUACUGUAAAUCUUAUUAAUAUUACCAAUCGAGCAUAC